AGGAGGAGGACGCGCGGCCGUGCGGCCACGGAGGAGGCGGCGGUGGCCUUGGCCUGCCCGUCUGGAGCGGCAGAAAGAGCAUCACCACCGGCCAACAACACGGAGGAUACUAUAUCUCGCUCGGGGCAAGGGACCUGCAGCGACGGUCCGCAUCGAAUCGGCCGCAGCGUGUGUCGGCGUUGCUCGCCACCGUUUUCGUCGCCCGCCAACAGUGGUCCAUCGCCCUUAACCCCUACACCGGAACUUGGCGGCGGCGGCUGGCCACGACACCGCGUGGGUUCGCUUUAGUGCCUUCCAGUGAUUCUUCCCCUCCUACUGCAUUUUGUACUGCCGGUGGUUGUUGGUGCCGGCGAGUCACGACCGCCGUCUACUCGGCCCGGAGGCGUGAAGACACGGCUUCUCCAGACAGCUAUGGCCCAGGCCAGCAGGAGCCGAAUCAUCGCAGCCGCGUUGCUGUGUUUCGUUGCAAAGAGGUCCGCAGGGGGACCCGCAAAUGCCAUCCAGCUGGAAGAGCUGGAGCGGCCCUUCUACAACAUUGCGCACAUGGUCAACUCCAUCAAGGAGGUGGACCAGUACCUGCGACUGGGCGCCAACGCCAUCGAGGCCGACGUCACCUUCCAGAGCGACGGCACAGCCAAGCAGACCUUCCAUGGGAGCCCCUGCGACUGCUUCCGCAACUGCUAUAUGCGCGAGAACAUUGUCGACUACCUCGAGUACAUCCGCAAGGUCACCGGUACAGCGGACGCGAAGUACAAGAACCGGGUGUCGCUGCUCUUCCUGGACCUCAAGGUGACUGACCUGCCUGCACCGAGCAAGCUCAAGGCUGGAAAGGACAUCUCCAAGAAGCUUCUCGAACAUCUAUGGUAUAACGUUGAUCCAAACAACACUGUGAACGUGCUGCUCUCUAUUGGACACAUCAGUGAUAAGGACGUGUUCAAAGGUGUCGUCGAGACCUUGAUGAAACAUGGCGAUCCAAUCAUAGCAGAAAGAGUAGGCUUCGACGUGGGCCUUAACGACCCGCUUGAAGACAUAUCCAAGAUGUACAGCGAGCUGGGCAUCGAUCACAACAGAUGGCAGGGCGACGGCGUGUCCAACUGCAUCAGCUUGUUCCGACCGGCCAACCGUCUCAAGCAGGCGCUGCGCUACCGCGACUCCCGCACUGACCGCAGUUACGCGGAUAAGGUGUACCACUGGACCAUCGACCUCAGCUCCGCCAUCCGCACCUCCAUACGGCUUGGAGUGGACGGCAUCAUAACCAACUACCCGGAACGAGUGUCGACCGUUCUCAUGGAGGACCCGUUCAAGCGAGCCGUCAAGCUGGCAAGUCCGCAAGACACGCCCUGGAAAAAGGCCAACGUCGAACUCCUCAUGCCCGGCGGCGGUGGAGGUCCCAUCUCCACCGUCCUGGGCGAUGUGUCCGAGGUGCUGCAGCAGGUCUGGGCCUACGUGGUUACGCGGCUUUCGGGACACAUCUUCCGCCGGCGCAGCUCACGUGAUUACGACGCCAUCGAGGCAGAUCCUCCCAUGAGUCCUCGGGAACUGCAGGAACAGCGGUACUACCGGUGGCUUCACAAAAACUUGGCCUGAUCUGCGCGACGACUGUAGACGAAAUGACGUGCGCAGUACCAGUCGGACUCGCCCGAUAGGCCACACCGCGUAGCCGCGCUGGUCUAUGUAGUUGUCCAGGUCUCUCACGCAGUCUCGUAGCUUUCAGCGAACUAUCAAAAGCCACCCCAUGGCUGACGACGAAGCCAGUCGCAUCGGACGCCGACUGACGCU